UGUGAAGAGGCAGCUGCAAAAGCAUGCACUGGCUGGCUCAUAGGGGCUGAAUCUGGGGGCUGCCUCUUUUUGGUACAAGCUUCCUGACUGCUUCAAAGUGACUCUCCGACCUGCUGUGAUGACCCAAAGUUAGUGAGAGGGAGCUCUUGCCAUUGAGGAGCGGACUCUCUAGGGAGGACGGUGAUCCGUGGAUGUCCAGGGGAUAUUUCCAUUUUGCAUUUCUAAGAAUGGGGAAGAGCUGGAAGAAGUUACUCUGAGACAUGCUGGAGGAAGCAUCUAUUCUAACAAGUGUCAUUGAGACGACUAAGUCUAGACAACGUGGUAGGAGAAGUCCUCUCAAGGUAACUCUGGCUCUUUUCCUUCCCCUCGCUUCUCCACCUGGAGCCUGCCGGAGAUAUUUCUUGUGAUUCACAAUGACAAACAGCAGCGUAUCCCUGAGCACCCAGGAUGCGAUAUACAUUGCGGUGGAGUCCAUCAUUGCAGUGUCUGCGACUGUAGGCAACGCCCUGGUCAUCGGGGUAGUGAAGCUCAACCCGUCUUUCCAGAACACCACCUUCUACUUCAUCAUCUCCUUGGCACUCGCCGACAUAGCCGUGGGGCUUCUGGUCAUGCCGCUGGCCAUCGUGGUGAGCCAGGGACUCGUCAUACCCUUCUAUGCCUGCCUGUUUGUGUGCUGCCUGCUCAUUUUCUUUACAAAUGCCUCCAUCCUGUCUCUCCUGGCCAUUGCCAUUGACCGGUACCUGCGGGUAAAGCUGCACACCAGGUAUAAGAUCAUCACCACACAGAGGAGAAUUUGGGUUGCUCUGGGAUUGUGCUGGCUGGUGUCUCUGCUAACAGCAUUUGUCCCCAUGUUUGGAUGGAAUAAGAAGGAGACAGUGAUAGGAACAAGCAACUCCAGCUGCCUCCAGUGUAAAUUCACCGCUGUGAUAAGGAUGGACUACAUGGUGUAUUUUGGCUUCUUCAUCUGUAUCCUCAUCCCUCUGAUCAUCAUGUGUGUCUUGUAUGUUGAAGUCUUCUACAUCAUCUACAUGAAGUUAAGCCAAAGUACGGCCAGCAUAAAAAUGGCAGGCGGGUUUUAUGGGAAGGAGUUCAAGACAGCUAAAUCUCUGGCCCUCGUCCUCUUCCUUUUUGCAGUGUCCUGGCUUCCUCUGUGCAUCUUCAAUUGCAUUUCCUAUUUCUGCCAUGACUGUGACAUCCCAAAGCCUCUGCUGUACCUGGGCAUCCUGCUGUCUCACGCCAACUCAGCCAUGAACCCCAUCGUGUAUGCUUGCAGGAUAAAGAAGUUCAAAGAAACUUAUAUUCUUAUUUUUAAAACCUACAUCCUGUGCACAGAUUCAGAACAAGUUAUUUCAAGCAUCGAGACUCCGUCAGAUCGGGUGUCAUAAAGUAAGGAAGUAUACUGCACUGUCAGCAUAUGUUCAAGUUCACGAUUAGCUAGAAAGGUAGACAAACAGACACAUGACCCUGCUUUGUAAUUUAGCUCAAGUGGAAAUAUAUGAUCCACUUCUAAUAAUUCACUGUCCUCAGGUGGACCUUUUACUACCCUAUUGGUUUUCCCUCCAGUGAAGCUAUACAUCUCUGGGGUGUAGGUUGUAGCUGUGUUGGUCUGAAAGGUUCUUUGGGUAAAUCCAAUAUCUUUUAUUGGACCAACUCAAAUAGCUAAAAUAAUAAUAAAAUAACAAUAAAAGAUAUCGGGUUUACCCAAAGAACCUUGUCUGCUAUACGUCUCUAGCGCUUUCCCAGAGACCAGGUGUCCCAGCUCUACUGCUUUGCUAGCAUCUCUGUAUUGAUGAUUUGUGAGCAACUGAUGUGAACUGAUGUGAUGUGAACCAUCACAAAAUCAUCCUGAUAUAAGUGAGCACUGUGGUGACCAUCUCAGUGGAAAGACCAAGACUGAAUAGGCAAUGGAAACUAUUAUUUCUACAGAGUCAUCUGGGCCUCUUUCAUUAGCCUGAAAUUCAUGGGUGUCUUUCCAUCUUUGAAAAAUAAAUGCCUACAGAGCACCUGAAGGGUGCUGGUGACUUGAAUAAGGCAGUAGCAGCUGUGGCAGAGGUGCUAAAGGAAUAGAGACUUGCUCCAUGCAAAAGGCAUCUCCUACACGAAUUCCUGAGACCCCUACAACGAAGGCGCCGCGCCACAACAGACAAAGACUCACACUGCCUUUUAGCAGAUCAGCUGAUGGGACAGGGGCUGCUUUAAGUAUCAAGGGAAACCUCUGUUGCGAACUCUAAAGAAAUUUUUUUAAGUCAAUGCAGGUUUAUUCUGCCUUACGGCUGAAAACCACAUAGCACUAUUGGAUAUUUUCACCGCUCCGGCUUGUAGGAGACAGGGGUUUGGUUUAGUGCCCCAGGCUCCUCGCGGGUGUGCCUGCCUCAGCUCUUUACCCAUCUCUUUAGACUACAGCCUCCAUGGGGCCGUGCACAAUGGGCCCUGGUGUGAGGGGGAGGCUUCCAGGCAAUACUGUAGCAUGGGAGCCAUUUACAGAGCAGAACAAUUUCAUCAUAUCACCUUGCUUUUAAUGUUUCAAAUCUCCUCUAUUAAAACAGGCGAAGGCAAAUACAUGCAGAGCAAAGAGUAGGUCACAGGGCAGGCAGCGACGAACAUGGUGUACUCUCCCAAUCCUCUCGUACCACACCUCUUGUAGGCUUUGUCUUUGUGCUAGAAAAGCCACAUUGUUUUACCCCAGGGCAGGGGGUCGGACUAGAAGAUCUGCAAGGUCCCUUCCGACCCUACGUCUACGAAUCUGUAAACUAACACACAUCAACCCCAGACAAAAGCACACUGAAGGCAAUGCAAUUAAUUUUAAGCUCAAUAAAAAGAAUUACCUCACAGUAAACCAAACCACCUUGUCUUGAUUGUGGCUGCACCUCAGGACACCUCAAUGACAGUAGCUACCCUGAGGUUUGAAGCCACCAGCAGCGCUGUUAGCAAUAUGAGAACAAGCUGCAAGCAUUUUGGAGGCAUUUUGGGUUGGGGCUUCUGCUAUUUUAAAAGAUGAGAUGUUUGAGUAAAUCACAAGAGGCUGAGAUGUGAUUAAUAUAUUUAAGAUAAAGGGUAGAUAAACUGUUAGAGGUGGGGUUAAGUCCCGGUGAAACCGAGAGACCUCGCCACUGGCCGUCAGCUGCAGCUCACUGAGGGAGCAAUGAUAUGGCUUCCCCUUCAGCGAGAGCUGAAACACAAGGGGCUGCAGCCCAAAGCAGAGAUGCGCAUGGCAAAGCUAAACAGAAACAGGGCUGAGGGGGCUUCAUGGGGACGGAGACGGCAAACGUGGGGCCGGUGGAGCGAGCGGAGCAAGAGAAAACACCAAAGA